AUGACAGCUAACGAUACCCCUGAUGUUGUGGCAGCUGUCCCUUCAACGGCCAAUGGUGAGGUGAAGCCGGAAGAUGACUUUCCGCUCUCCGCUGCCGAUGGUGUGAUCAAGAAGCCAUUCGCUAGACCGGUUGAUAGUGUCAAAGUUGAGAAGCCCGCGGAGCUUACGGAAGACCAACAAACCAAAUAUGAGGCAGUCCUUAAGACCGUAUCCGAGUGGACUACCGUCCCAAACACCUCCGAGAAGAACGCCCCGACAGACCCGAUCACCGAUGAUGAGCGCAUGUGGUUGACCCGCGAAUGUAUCCUGCGUUAUCUCCGUGCGACCAAGUGGAACGUAUCUGAGGCUGAAACUCGACUUCUGGGUACACUCACCUGGCGCCGUGAAUAUGGCAUGGAGAAGCUCACACCGGACUACAUUUCCAUUGAGAACGAGACUGGCAAACAAGUCAUUCUGGGCUAUGAUGUCCACGGUCACCCAUGCCUAUACCUUCGCCCCUCUAAGCAGAACACCGAGAAGAGUGACCGACAGAUUCACCAUCUGGUCUUCAUGCUUGAACGACUUAUUGAUCUCAUGGGCCCUGAUCAGGAGAAACUAGCCCUCCUUGUUAACUUUGGUGAAUCUAAGUCUGGCCAGAACGCUUCUAUUGGCCAGGCUAAGCAAACUGUGAGCAUCUUGCAAAACCAUUACCCAGAGCGACUGGGUCGUGCCUUGGUCGUUAAUUCACCUUUCUAUAUUUGGGGAUUCUUCAAGAUCCUCACUCCGUUCAUUGACCCUCUGACCCGCGAGAAGCUCAAGUUUAACGAGGAUCUUCGCCAGCAUGUUCCUCCAUCCCAGCUGAUGAAGACUGUUGGUGGCGACGUCGAAUUUGAAUAUGACCAUUCUGUCUACUGGCCCGCCCUGAACAAGUUGGCUGCGCAAAAGCGUGAACAGAAGCACCAACGCUGGGUUGAGGGCGGCAAGAAGGUUGGCGAGUCCGAAAACUUCCUGAAAGGCGAGGGCGUGUCGAGCCAGUAG